AUGAGCAUUGCUGAGUGUAAUUACUCUGGAGGAGUUUUAAUGCCAGACAGCACUGCAACAUCCUCUGAUAGUAAAAAACUAUUCCAAGAACUGCUGGACCGCCUCAAAGAGUGCCAUGAUACUACAGUUCAAGGACUGCAGUCAAAGGUAAACAAACUGAGGAAAGAGCGCUGUUUUGAUGCACAAAGACUGAAGGAAUUCUGUACCAAAAAUCAGCAGUUACGUGAUCAACAAAAAACACUACAAGCAUCCAUUCAAGUUCUUAAUGACAGAUUACAAUCUGGACCAUGCCAUCUUUGCAAGGAAAAUGCGAAGCACAUAAAAGAAAAUCAGCAUAAUCAACAACUUGUCAAUAACAUUAAGGCUGAAAGAGACAUGCUGAAAAAAGAAAACAGAAAGCUUACUCUUGAGCUAGAACAAAUACGUGGCCAAAGUUUCCAGCAUACCUCUUUUUCUGAACCGGAGGAAGGCAUGAUCCCAGACUCACCACUGCAGUCAAUAUGCCUUUCUGUAGUCAACAAGAUGAAGCGAAAAAAAGAUCAGAGCCACAUCCGCUAUGCUGAAAGACUGCUCUCGCAACCUUUACAUGGAGAGCCAAAUCACUGCAAAGGAGAGCCAAAUCACUGCAAAGGAGAGCCAGCAAUGUCUGUCAGCUGUAAUGGAGAAGCUGUGCUUGCCCCAGAGACAUGUGAUCUGGAUGUUACAAAUGCCAGUGACAAUAUCUGUGGCAAAGCUGUGGUUGCAGAGACUUGCCGCAUAGACUUAGAUUGUGAUCAGGACUCUGAAAGUGAUGUAGACUCUCAGAUGUCUGUGCACACUGUUCAUAAGCAGGCACAAAUGGAAAUGGAAUCCAAUAUUUGCCAAAGAGCUAAACAGCAUGAUAUGUGGAAGAACUAUGACAGGCCAAAGUCCGGCAAGCAUGUUGGGCAGAUAAAUGUCCAGGAGCAAUACAAAAGGAAUUUAUGGGAGUCUGAACAGACCAGGCCAGACUGUUGUCCUUCAUGUACUCCACACAAGAGUCCCUUGCUAAGCCAGAACUACAGCCGACAUGAACAAAGCUGGAGUCUUGACCCAGGUACCACUCUAUCACAAUAUGUUACAGAUAGCCCCCCUCAAUCAGAGCCAAGGAUACAGGCAGCCACUGUAGACACGGACUGCACAUAUGUGAGUCAUAGUCUGCUACUCCCUUUUAGAAAGCAGACAAAAGUGGAUCAGACAAACAGCAUGACUGGAAUAUGUCAGAAAGCUAAUGACAGCCUGGCAAACAUCUUUGAUACCACAAGUGCUGAAGAUUAUGAGUCCUGUCCUCAAGAUGAGAUGUCUGCUUUAGAAAGGAACCAUGAUCAAGAAAGUAACGAAAAGGAAGGACAUAAAGACCAGGAUAAGCAAGAUAUGAAGAUGGACAAGACAGAGCUUAUGAGUGAUGACUUUUACAAAACCUCCACACAACCAAGAGACAACACGAGUGAAGACAAUGCUGAGAAGUCUUUUGCUUGUAUGGUAGUUGUACGUAAAAAAUCUGAAAGAAGGAAACUUCAGGGCCACACUUGCAAAGAGUGUGAUAUUUAUUAUGCAGACCUCCCAGAGGAAGAAAAAAAGAAGAAAUUGUCAUCCUGCUCAAGGCAUCGUUUCCGUUACAUCCCCCCUUCCACACCAGAUAACUUUUGGGAGGUGGGAUUCCCUUCCACACAGACCUGCAGGGAAAGAGGAUACAUAAAAGAUGACAGCCAACCAGAUCCACGUUCGAGGCGAAGGAAACCUUACCUUGCUACUUUCUCUCCAAAAGUAAAACCGUCAAAGUAAUAUUGUAAGAUGUUGUUAUAUCGUGAAUAGGAUAGAGCCUUUCAUUCUGCAGGUGAUUUGAUAGCUCUCCAGACCCUUAAGUCAAUGUUAAUUCAGUUUCAAUCAGCAAGUUAAAGCCAAUUUUAUUAAUUUAAUGCAUUUGCAAUCAACAUUAUAAUUCAAAAUAAAACAAACCUGCACUUGUGAUUGUUUUUAAGAUUUGUCACAUGUACUUUCUCAACACAAGACCAAUCUAAAGAUAAAAGAUACCCAUUAAA